GCGGGGGGAGGAGGGCGCCGCUGAAGCUCCCUUGGGAGCCGCCAUUUUCCGGAGGGGAAGGGGAGGGCGGUGUGCGCCCCUCGCUCGGCUCUUAAAGCGGCAGCACCCCGCGCUGUGGGGCGGUUCAGGUUGUGGUUCCAGUUUCGGCUUCUUUUCCUUAGCGAGAUCCCGGUUUGAGGGCGGGAAGGCCUGUGGCUACGGCCGCCGUUUCCUCUGGUCACCACAUCCGUGGGCAGACGUGUCGGGACAGGACAGGACCGGACUGGACUGUGCAGCGGUGAGCCCUGCUUGGUAUGUAGCUGGUUCUGAUCGGCCUGCUGUGGGUAACUUGGCGUGAUCUGCCGUGGAUCUGACCGUCCGCAGUCAAGGUUUCACAGAUCAAUAAAAUGCUUGGUGGAGGAAGAGGAAGCAGCAUAGUUGUUCCCAGAAGAGGCCAAAGCCCACACUUUCUGUAAGGACUGUAACCCCUUGGCUUCACAGGCUGAACGUAACUCGUAUGAGUUAACGAGGCAAGUGGUGGAGGAUUGAACUCUGAACUUCCUCCAUCUCCCAGUGACAGUUUUGAUCGCACACAACUUAAAUGACAUGCCUUUAGUGUCUAGUUUUGGAGACCUGAGCCUGUCUACAACGGUUAGCAAACUGCUAUCAGGUGUAAAAGGGAACUGGGAGGCAAUUCUCCCUUUUCUACCGCAGCAUCCCAUGGGCAGCCUGGCAGGGUUGAAGCCCUCGUACGUGGCCGUGUUUCCUACCACCAGGAAGUGAGUGAGGUUUGCUCAAGCCCAGCAGCUAUGGCAGCUGAUGAGAGAGACUACAACCUGACGGAGGAGCAGAAGGCAAUCAAAGCCAAAUACCCACCGCUCAAUAAGAAGUAUGAAUAUUUGGAUCACACAGCAGAUGUGCAGCUACAUGCCUGGGGAGACACUUUGGAAGAAGCGUUUGAGCAGUGCGUUAUGGCCAUGUUUGGCUACAUGACUGACACAGAGACUGUGGAACCUGUGGAUACAGUAGAGGUAGAGGCAGAAGGACAUGACAUGUUGUCUCUUCUCUUCCACUUCUUGGAUGAGUGGCUGUAUAAAUUCAGUGCUAAUGAGUUCUUUAUACCCAGGGAGGUGAAAGUGCUUUACAUUGACCGAAUGCAAUUCAAAAUAAGAUCAAUUGGGUGGGGAGAAGAGUUCUCUUUAUCCAAACACCCUCAGGGCACAGAGGUGAAAGCCAUAACAUACUCGGCAAUGCAGAUCUGUGAAGAUGAAAAGCCAGAAGUCUUUGUCAUCAUUGAUAUUUAAAGCAAGAGAAGUGUGGUCGAGUGGAUGCUUAUCACCAGUUGGAAAAAGUCCCUUGAAAACUGUAAUCCCUGUGGAAGUAACUAAGGAGUUGGCAAAUUCAAAUUGAACGGAGUAAUUGCGGGAAAUGUCAGCCUCUGUUUUGACUUGAGGAUGGUGAGCCAGACCAAUUCCUGCAUGCCAGGAAAAGAAGAACUAGUUGGGGUUUGGGGGGUGUUGAGAAGAAGAAAGGGUGUUGUAGGGGUUGAAAGUCUCUCAGAAAUGCUAAUAGUCUGCUUUUGAGACUGAUACCUGUGUUAGUAUGAACUAAACAGAGAAAUUAGUGGAGCUGCUAACUAAAAUACUACCUUUUUUGUAGGGUGGCAGGAGAUAAUGUUAAUCUGUGUGAUUUAAUUUGCAGAUUUAAAUACUCUAAUUCUGAGGUGACAUCCCUUCUCCGUAUUGUAUAAAGGGUCCCAAAUAAAUGUAGGGGGUUGUAUUUAAUGUAAAAACAUUUCAGACUGUUCAAAGGACACCUAAGAAAAUAUACCAAUUAAAAAAACAAA